AUGGGGUUCGUCGGCGACACGAUGGAGUCGAUCCGCUCCAUUCAGAUCCGCCAAGUGCUCACGCAGAUCAUCAGCCUCGGUAUGAUUGUUACCUCUGCGUUAAUCAUAUGGAAGGGGUUGAUAGUUUUCACGGGGAGCGAGUCACCAGUUGUAGUGGUUCUCUCUGGUAGCAUGGAGCCCGGAUUUAAAAGGGGUGAUAUCCUGUUUCUGCAUAUGAGCAAAGAUCCUAUUCGCACAGGAGAAAUAGUUGUUUUCAAUGUCGAUGGCCGUGAAAUUCCAAUUGUUCACCGUGUGAUUAAGGUCCAUGAACGUCAGGACACUGCAGAAGUGGACAUCCUCACCAAAGGUGACAAUAAUUUUGGGGAUGACCGACUAUUAUAUGCACAUGGGCAGCUUUGGCUCCAGCAACAUCACAUUAUGGGACGUGCCGUGGGCUACCUUCCAUAUGUUGGCUGGGUUACAAUUAUCAUGACUGAGAAACCAUUUAUUAAGUACCUGCUGAUUGGCGCACUGGGCUUGCUGGUCAUAACGUCGAAAGAUUAG